AUGCUGCCCCAAACGACGGGCAGGCUGUUCGUUGACAGCAAGAAGACGGCCAUCCCCUACGAAGUCUUCCUCAACAUCGUCGAAGCGCUCAUCUCAGUCAUUGAAUCGGAUCAAACCGCCCACACCUUCCAGAUUGUAUCCUGCUACUAUGGUCCCACCCACCUGGCCGUCACUCCAUGCUGGGAUAGCUUCAUGUCUUCGAGUCGGAUUACAUCCCUGGACGCAAACGAUAUCAAACCGAUGCAAUCCCGAUACCGUGAGACAAGCCUCCCUGCCCAGAUUAACCGCUGGUCUCGAGCCAAGACCUUCAAGACAUUUCGCCGCCUUCACAUGAGCCUUACACACAGAGGCCCAGACCCCUUGGUCCUCCCAGAAAUCGACCGUUUCGACCCCGCUUAUGCGCUCAUCUCCUGGCCCGCUCAUAACCUCCUGGAACAGCCGUCUCCAAGCGACUAUGCUUUGCUUCAGCAUGUGGUGCACAUCGUUCUCCGCAAGCCUUUGGACCUACUGAGAUUUGAUCACAAGGGUUCUGCAAAGAGCAUUUCGGCCUUUCCCGCCCUCAAACGAAUCACCGUUGGUUCUGAUUUCAUCUCGAUUCACAUGGCGCCAAUUCACCCAGGCAUAUCGCCAAUCGACAAGUCACCCUUUGAACAGUUGGCUUUUGAGCUGGCCUUGAUGAGCGAGAAAUUUCCUCACAUUUUGCAGCAGUUCAAGAAAAGAGACAUCAAGCUCUUUGGAGCCUUGAGAUCCACUGGGGAUGUGAUUGUUGAGGUCAUUCUCUUGGAGACAUUGCACCUGCAGUACAUGUAUCCAGACUGCACCUGCUGUGAGUGGGAGGAGUGA